AUGGACCAUAGGACGAUGGGUAUGGAUCAUAGAGGAAUGAGUAUGGACCACAGGGGUGUGAGUAUCGACCACGGAUCCGUAGCUCAGCCUUAUCCGUCGCAAGCUAUGGCAGCUCACGGGAUGGCAGCACAGGGCAUGUCAGCACAAGGCAUGGCACCGCAAGGCAUGGUAGCACCACAAGGGAUGGCAGCAUCGCAAGGGAUGGCAGCACCGCAAGGCAUGGCAGCACCGCAAGGAAUGUCGGCAGCACCACUUUCAGGCAUCUCAACAGCCGGAGGCCUCUCAACACAAGGCAUUUCAGGCCCAGGCAUGUCCGGUCCAGGCAUGUCGGGGCAAGGCAUUUCAGGAGCAGGCAUGUCCGGUUACUCGUACGCGGGUCAGCCGUACCAGGUUCCGUUCACGCACAUGAGACCGGCAUUCGCGGCGCCCGACGCGUACCACCAGUUUCAGGACCCCGCGGUGUACCAGGGAGGAGGGUACGCGGCGGGCCAGUACGGGAGGCAAGGGGAGGAGGAGUACUUGGUUGCGAAAUUCUCCAUCAGGCAACGGGAGGAGGAGUAUUUAGUCGCGAAAUUCUCCAAUGCGCCUGGGAUGGCGCCCACUGUGUUAUCCGGGCAGACAACGGGGGAGCCAUGGCCGCGGUUCAACAACGGAGAGGAUCCCCUCACAGCGCGAGGUCGCAAGAUGGCGCGUGGGAAAGGUGCAGCGUGGGAUCAUGGAGAUGCAGGCAUGGGGCUGAACUCACCUGCAGGACCCAUGGGUCAGCCGCAGCAGCAGUCAGCAUGCCGCUACGACAACUCUCUUGGGCUUCUAACGAAGAAGUUUAUUGACUUAAUAAAGGGUUCAGAUGAUGGUACACUAGACCUAAACACUGCAGCGUCAACCCUCCAGGUCCAGAAGCGGCGAAUAUACGACAUUACGAAUGUGCUGGAGGGCAUUGGAUUGAUCGAGAAGAAAGGGAAGAACAACAUCCAGUGGAAGGGUUUGGAAUGUGACUCGACCAUCAAAGAAGAUUCACAAAUUCUACAGGCGGAGUUGAAUAGGCUAAGAGAGGAGGAGUUGAGUCUAGACAAUGGCAUCAAGGACAUGAGGGAGCGGUUACGGUUGUUGAAUGAAGACGACAAGAGAAAACAGUGGAUGUUUGUGACAGAAGAAGACAUCAAGAAUCUGCCUUGUUUUCAGAACGAAACCCUAAUUGCCAUCAGAGCCCCACACGGCACCAUGCUCGAAGUACCCGACCCGGAAGAGGGCUUUGCACAGCGCAAGUACCAGAUACUGCUAAAGAGCACCAGUGGGCCUAUCGAUGUCUACCUGGUCAGCCGGUUUGAGGAGAAGUACGAAGGAGCAGCGCCAUCCCAGGCAGGCCAGCCAGACCAGCAGCAGCAGGGGCAGCAGCAGGGACAGCCAGGGCAGCCGCAGCAAUCCCUGUACUCGCAAACACCCAACCAAGCAUACACCACUCCUGCUGUGCUGGAUACUCCUGGAGGAGGAGGCGGAGGAGCAGGAGGAGAAGGGGCAGGAGCAGGGGCAGGGGCAGGAACAGGGGCAGGGUAUACCCCCGGGGGAGGAGCAGCAGGAGCAGGGGGGGAAGGGGGAGCAGCAGCGGCGGGGGCGGGCCGAGCAGGGGAAGCACAGUCAGGCAUUGUGCGGCUCACUCCUGCAGAGUCACAUGACUACUGGUUGUUGCCGGAUCAGCAGUUGGGACUCACAGACAUGUGGCGACCCGAUGGCCCAUGGGAGGACCCCACUCGUCUGAACGCUUCUGAUGCAGGCAUGCCUGGGGGAAUCGGCACCCCGCACGCCUUUGAAACGCCACCACACACCAGCACCCUCCCCAGCAUCCACUAA